AAAGUUCCAAAUGCAAUUGAAUCUUUGCAGCCAUCUUGAAGAGCAUAAUACUGAAAGCUCCGAGCCUAAUGAACACAUUAGACAGUAAAGGGCGUAACCCCCUUUCGUACGCUGCAUACAUAGGAUACGUAGAAGGAGUUCGCUUAUUUCUCAAAGAAUUUCCAGAACUAGAAUUUACUCGCGAUCAGGAUGGAUCAUUUCCAAUUCACCAGGCAGCCAAAGGAGGGAAAGUCGAGGUAAUCAAAAUUCUAAACCCUAAAGUACGUUUGCUGAAUAAUAAACGUCAGAGUAUUCUGCACGUAGCAGCAGGGACAGGAAGAACAAAUGUCGUCGAGUUUUUACUAAAAAUGGAGGAAUACAAGGAGCUACUCGAUACUGGUGACGAUAAUGGUGAUACUCCCCUGCAUUUGGCUGUCAAAGGUGUACAUUACACAACUGUGAACCGAUUGACAAAGGCGAAACAGACUUGUGGUAACUCAACCAACAAUGAGUUGUUGACGCCUAGAGAUAUUUUUGAUGAUUAUUUGCUGUAUCCUGCGCAAAAAGUGCCCUCCAGGAAACAGAUCAAUGCUAUGAAUUUGAUGCUAAAAAGAGUUCAAGGGGAAAGCUGGAGUUUGAGACCCAGAAGACAUAACCAAAAGGAUGACAUUUACAUAGCAGAAAAAGAUCUCAAACAAGUAAAGGACAAUAACAUGAACAUAAGGUUUACGAACAGGGAGCGAGCCAACACCUUAUUAGUCGUAGCGACACUGAUCAUCACUGUAAGCUUUGCCGCGGCAUUUACUCCUCCCGGAGGUUACAAAGAAAACAUCGGUAUUCCAGCAUUGAUACAAACUCCAGCAUUCAGAUUGUUUCUCCUUUGCAAUGGUUUUGCCUUUAUUUUCUCAAUAAUAUCAGCUUUAACUCUCAUUUUGGGCAUGAAUGUGGAAAGCUUAACAGAUAUUACACUCUUUAUUGGAGGGUUUCACAUAUCUAUAGGUAUUCUAUGGAUGUCUGUCGGGUUUUUAGCUGGUUCAGUCGAUGUUCUAAUGCUUUCAUUGAUGAACCCGAAAGAUACAAAGUGGGUGUGGAUCAUUAUAAGACGUUUGAUAGAAAUCGUGAUGGCGCCUGUUGUUCCUUUCGUGGUUUAUUUAUGUAGAGAUUAUCACGGGAUUUUAGAAGUUCGUAUUUGGUAUUUGCUUCGUUCUUUUUCCGAAGAAAUUUCUUAUGUCGAUGUUUCAUUCUAAGAUAGUGUGUGGUUUUGUAAGUAGAUGAUGCCAGUGUACUACAUAUUCGAACAAAUAAAAGUGAAAUUGACGUUCAUGAAAUGUUUUC